AACCACACUCUCCCUCCCCUCCUGGGCGCCCGCGCCGCCUUCUAAAAAUAUUUAGGGCCACUCUCGCCUGUUCCUCUACCCCCUGGCCAUUUCUUCGCUUCCCCAGCAUUUUCUCUGUUUCCGAUUAAUUUCUCCAUUGUUCUUGCGAAGGGAACUUGACAGGGCUUAAUCUGGUGGUCACUUAUGCUUGAAGAGAUGGUGGUCGCUGUGGAGAAUGGGGUAAAGAUGGAAUCCGCCGCCGCCGCCACCACUGACGCCGACGCCGAUUCUCCUAUUUCCGUUCUGGAGGACGAGAAAAUGUCCGAAUCCAAGGAUGAAAAAGCCAGUCGUUUUGUGGAUGCGAGCACGUCCCUGCCUGUUAAGUUCGAGGCCAACGGUGGUGAGGUGCAUCCCAUAGUCCAGGCGCUGAAUGCUGAAGAGGCGCUAUUGCAAUCAGUCAAAGUUGAGACUGCUGAUGAGUAUUUGGAUGCUAGUACUUCUCUUCCUAUUGACCUCGAGGCCAAGAACGGUGAUGCAUCCUUCAUUACUGAGGUGAUGUCAAAGGAGGAAGAACAAUUAUAUCAGGCCCGGCUUAAGGAAGAAGAGGAAGAAGAGGAGGCCAAAACGAAAGAAGCUGCAAAACAUGCUUUUGAUCCGAAGGCACGGUUUAGCAAGUUGGAUGAGCUGCUGACACAGACACAGCUCUUUUCGGAAUUUCUACUGGAAAAGAUGGAGCAGAUCACAGAUAAAGGUGUUGAAGUUAAAGAUGAAGAGGAACCUGUGGAAGAGCCGCAGAAAGGACGUGGCAGAAAGAGGAAAGCGAAUUCUAAGCCACAGUACAAUGAUAAAAAGGCAAAGACAGCAGUUGCAGCCAUGCUUACAAGAUCACAGGAAGAUCGUUCUGCUGAUGAUGGUAUUCUCACAGAAGAAGAAAAGUGUGAAAUAGAGCAAGCCAAGCUUGUUCCUUUAAUGACUGGUGGAAAGUUAAAAUCUUACCAGAUUAAGGGUGUUAAGUGGUUGAUAUCACUCUGGCAAAAUGGGCUAAAUGGGAUACUAGCUGAUCAGAUGGGCCUUGGGAAAACAAUUCAGACAAUUGGGUUUCUUGCCCAUCUGAAAGGGAAUGGUCUGCAUGGUCCAUACAUGGUUAUUGCUCCCCUGUCCACUCUGUCGAACUGGUUGAAUGAGAUAUCGAGGUUUGUUCCAUCUCUAACUGGUCUGAUUUAUCAUGGAGACAAGGUGACUCGGGCAGAGCUAAGGAGAAAAUUUAUGCCCAAAACUGCUGGUCCUGAUUUUCCGAUAAUAAUCACUUCAUAUGAGAUAGCUAUGUCAGAUGCAAGAAAAGUUCUUUCUCAUUAUAAGUGGCAGUAUGUUAUUGUAGAUGAGGGGCAUCGGUUGAAAAAUUCAAAGUGUAAAUUAUUGAGUGAGUUAAAGCACAUUCCAAUGGAUAAUAAACUACUUUUAACUGGGACACCUCUUCAGAAUAACCUUGCAGAGCUGUGGUCGCUCUUGAACUUCAUUUUGCCUGAUAUAUUCUCAUCCCAUCAGGAGUUUGAGUCAUGGUUUGAUUUUUCUGGGAAAGGAGACGAGGAACAACAGGAAGAUACUGAUGAGAACAAGAGAGUUGUUGUUUCAAAGCUUCAUGCCAUUUUGCGUCCAUUCCUUUUAAGACGUAUGAAGGAGGAUGUAGAACAGAUGCUUCCAAGGAAGAAAGAGAUAAUUAUUUACGCUAACAUGACUGAACAUCAACGUCAAAUCCAGACUCAUUUGAUUGAGAAGACAUUCGACGACUACUUGCUUGGGAGCGCAGAUAUUGUGUUGAGACCUGGCAUGAAGGCAAAGCUGAAUAAUCUAAUGAUUCAGAUGAGGAAGAAUUGUGCCCAUCCUGAUCUUUUCAAUGCUGCAUUUGACUCAACAGGCCUCUACCCACCUAUUGGUAAGCUUCUGGAGCAAUGCGGCAAAUUUCAGCUGUUCAACAGGUUGCUGGAUUCUCUACUCAAACGAAAACACAAGGUUCUAGUAUUUUCACAAUGGACAAAAGUCUUGGACCUCAUAGCUUAUUAUUUGGAUACGAAAGGCCUGGAGGUUUGCCGGAUUGAUGGUGGUGUCAGAUUGGAAGAGAGGAGGAGGCAGAUAGCAGAGUUUAAUGACUUGAACAGCAGUUUGAAUGUCUUCAUUCUAAGCACACGUGCUGGCGGUCUUGGUAUCAAUCUUACUUCUGCUGAUACCUGUAUACUGUAUGACAGUGACUGGAAUCCUCAGGCUGAUUUGCAGGCCAUGGAUCGAUGCCACCGGAUUGGUCAAACAAAACCGGUGCAUGUUUAUCGCCUGGCAACAUCCAAUUCUGUUGAGGGACGGAUUAUUAAGAAAGCUUUUGGAAAGUUGAAGCUAGAGCACGUCGUGAUUGGGAAGGGGCAGUUUCAACAAGAUAGAGCCAAGCCUAACGCCUUAGAUGAGGCGGAGCUGCUAGCGCUGCUCAGGAACGAGCAGGAUGAGGAAGACAGGAUGAUCCAGACGGACAUCAGCGAUGAGGACCUUCUGAAGGUGAUGGAUCGCAGUGAUCUCACAGGCCCUCCUGGUGCCGUCGAUGCCACCCCUCUUGUUCCCCUCAAAGGGCCUGGCUGGGAGGUCGUGGUUGCGUCCAAGAGCGGCGGCGGCAUGCUCACAGCGCUCACCAGCUGAGACCUGUCCCAGCCCAGCACUGUAGUGACGAGUGACGACGCCUCUCUUUUUCGGUGCUUCGGCUUGUUCACCGGGAAUUAGCCGAUGUUUCGUAACAACAAUAUAUUAGCCUCCCUAAGUAACUAUCCACCCGGCGUCGUCACCCUACUAGAUUAGAACUGAUCUUUUGGCGAGCUAUGUUCUUUCUAACUUUAAGCUCGUGCCUCCUUCCAAGGCAGGCUAUGAUGUAAGACUGUUAUUGGUAGUCUAUGCUGAAGGAAGUUUGGAAAUUGUUGCUUA